UGCUGUUGGUCGAUUUCCAGGUUGUUGGCAAUGUGUGCAGCAAUAAUGACAGGAAAUACCCAACCAAUCUGUAGCCAUAGAAACCUGGAUCAAUGUUACCCACAAUGCACGGGCAGCACAUGGACAUGUACUUAGAUCCCAUGAUGGGCAAAAUUCUAACUGAGCCCGAGGGUCACGUUCAUGGUCACCACACGAGUUACCAUGGCAACCACAUGUACAUAGACAACAUGGUGCUGGCAAACGCCAACUCAUCGCUGUAUAUGAUGGACCACGACAUGCAUGUCCCUUCACAACAUGAUAUGGCUUAUGACAUGCAGAUGACGAUGGGCGAGCGCGUCAUCACAUCAAGCACUGGGAAUGAUUCCAAGAAGAAGAAGAAUGGGGGCCUCGGGGUUGUCGGGAAAAGUAUUGAGGAGGAGUUGUGUCGAAUAUGUGGGGAUCGGGCUUCAGGGUAUCAUUACAACGCUCUCAGCUGUGAAGGAUGCAAAGGUUUCUUCCGGCGUAGCAUCACACGGACCGCGGCGUACCACUGUAAAUAUGGCGGAAAUUGUGAGAUGGACAUGUGGAUGCGAAGAAAAUGUCAGGCCUGCAGACUACGGCGGUGUCGAGAGGUCGGAAUGAAAGAAGAAUGCCUACUCUCUGAGGAGCAGUGUAAAGCAAGAGACGUGCGACGAAAACAGAAGUCAACCAAAUCUAAACGUUCCGAGAGUGUGAACAGUCCGGAACUGUCCAGAACAGAUUCAACAUCUUUGUAUAAUGAAAAAUCUGACUCAGAAGAAUCGAAGAAGAAUAUAAAACAGAAAUUGAACAUUAAGCCAGAGUUGAUAAUAGAAGACCAGCCCCUGUUAAAAGUGAAUGAUGACACUAAAAAAUUAGUGGAAAAAUUAGUGUAUCUCCAGAAUAAAUAUGAAUUUGCGGAUGAAAAAUAUAUACAGUCAGUAAAUGAAUUAAAUAUAGAAUGUAUGAACAACAAAGAGAUACAGGGGGAUGCAUUACUGGCACAGCUGGCGAAGAUGACCGUGAUAAUCACUCAUUUGAUUGUGGAGUUUGCCAAACAACUGCCUGGGUUUUCCCGGAUCAGUAAAAGUGACCAAAUUGUAUUGCUUAAGGCGGCAUGUAGUGAGGUGAUGGCCAUCAGAGCUGCACGCUGCUACGACCUGAAGACGCAGACGAUUGUCCUCGCCAAUGGGAUGCCGUGCAACAUUGAAAACAUGAUGGCCGCUGGGGGCACAGAGGAGUACUGGAAACUCGUGUUUCAGUUCUGUCAUGCCCUGGCAGAAAAUCAGACUGACAAUACAGAAUAUGCCUUAUUCACUGCCAUCUGUAUAUUUUCUGAACGACACGAUAUAAGCAAUAAAGAACAAGUGGAACAAAUCCAAAAGGUAUAUGUUGACGCAUUGAUGGAGUACAUUGACAAGAAACGUCUAAAUAGCGUCACAUCUCUCGCCAAACUUCUCGUCCGUUUGAGUGACCUGAGGAGUAUUAGUCUGGAGCAUUCCAAAAUGCUGACCAUGAUGCACAUGGAUGAAUCCCUCAUGCCUCACAUUGUGCAAGACAUUUACAUACAGAGCUCCUGAGCUUCUUAAUAUAGACCCGGAAAUACCCCCUGAUUUUCAUGCAGAGUUCUGUAUGUCUAAAAAUAGAUUUGGGGAUACCCCCUGAUUUUUAUUUAGAGAUCAUGUGUUCUAAAUAUAUACUUGGGGAUAACCUCUUCAUGUUGGACAUAUUGAGAUGGUGUUUUUUGCUAUAGAAAGCAUUAGUGAGUGGUGGGACGGAUAUAUUUAGAGAGCAACAAACAGCGGAUAGCCUGAAAGGUCGAUGCUCAUAAGUGACAAGCUGUUCAUUAUAAAUUCUGUUUGCUGCCUCGGUUUGAUUGCAAAGUUGUCAAAGCUAGCAAAGAAGAAACGGGAAAUAAAACUAUUGUACUGUAACUUUGUUGUUGAAGCAAACAUAAAUUUAUUUUUUGGAGACUGUCAAAGACAGGAAAUACAAACAUCGAAGAACAAUCAAUUGGAUAAAUGGCACCAUUAUGAAAUGCUUGCUGUAUAGUAAAUAGUAUUGUGUCACUAUUUGAGUUGCAUUCUGGGAAAUUGUAGUCUUAAUGCAUUUGUGUCUGCCCAGGCUAAUCAGGGAGAACGGGGAGAAAGUGUCUUGCCUAAUUUGCCUAUGCAGGCUUAUCUGGGUUGACACUUUCGGCAUAUGCAUUAAGCCCAGUUUUCCCAGAUGUGGUUCAUUAAGAAGGUCUCAGAAAUCAAAUUUUAUUGGGAAAUUUUUAAAGACGAUUUCAACCUCCAAUAUGGAGUCAUAAUUCAAGAUGUGGAUUUACCGACUCAGUUGGUAUUUUAGUUGGUGAGAAUUUUGUCGUUGGGACACAAGCAAUAUGAUAUGAAUAGCAGACGACAAUAGUGUUCUGAAAUAUAUUGCUCAUGUUAAAGCAUUUUCCUCAAGUUGUAAAGUUUUAGAUACUGAAUAUGUUAAUUGAAUUAUAUAGGCCCGAUCAUUUGUCUAAUAUUUUAUUAAAUUGUGUAUGUAACAAUAUCAAUUGAAAUCGGGAGACAUUAUGUUGAUAUAUUGAUUUGAUAGUGUUGACAUUGGUUCAAGUGUUUUGUGUGUAAUUUCGUGUGCAACAGUCACUGUUGAACUGAUAAAUGAUAUAGCAGUCUUUAUUACAAAUACUGUUUUGGUGCUACUGAUUUUUUUUAACAGUUUCAUAAACAACUAAAUUUGAUUUUUUUUAUUUGAAGGAAUAUUUUCAGAAGACCCAAAGUACUUGUCCUUCCUAUGAAAAGGUUAUCAAGCUUUUAUCAUAAUAGAGUUUGAUAAAAUAAUAAAUUGCUUAAAUCGUAUGAAAGUAAACAUAAUAAAAAAUUAAUUUAUUAAGUCACUUAAUUCUAUCUUGUAAUUAAUAACUUGUAAAUGUUUUUUAUUAAAAUUAACAAAAUGUAUCCACUGUCUCACAGUUACCAUAGAUAUUGUUAAUUGGAUCAAUUGUUUAUGUACUGCAUUACGGAUUUGCAUUAUGCUAAGAGUAGUUAAUAACAGCAUUGCUGAUUACAUUGAAAUAUUGUUUUAUGUAAACAAUUUGCCAUAAGCCAUGUUGCGAUGCUGUGACCAGCCUGCCCAUGUGUGCAGUCUGGUCAGGGACUACCCUGUCUACAAAUGUGGCCAUGAAACCUUGACUGUUAAUUGGACAUAUUAGCUCCUGUUAAGAUUUGCAGGCAGGACUGGAAGUAAGUUGGCCACAUAUGGAAUAAGACCUAUUUUUGCAUGACAUGAUUCAUAUUUACAUUUUUUGUCACUUUUGUUGUUUUUGAAGUGUUUGUCAAUCAUGUUAACUGACAACUUGAAAUCAGUUGAUUUGUAAAAAUAUUUGUUGGCCAGAUAACUGAAACAUUGUACAUUUUGGCUGUGUUUUCUACAGAAACAUUCCUCAGGAGAAAUUAUUUUCACUCACAAAACACGCUUCCAUCAUUUGUGAAAACUAGAAGAUAUUAUUACCUUUUAAGAAGUUUGAACUGCUGUAAAUUAAUUACCUGAUUUAAACACAGUUUAUGUCAGCAGAAAAAUCUAUAUGAAAUGGUUAUUUUGGCUUCCUAUUCAGUUUGUGCAGACUAUUACUUGAGAAUUGUGUGCUGUAAGAAAUUGUUAAUUAUCAUAAAAGGUAUGUUUUGAUUGUUUCUUGGCAUUAUAUUGUUAUUUUUGAGUACAUCCCCUCAGUUGGUGUACACGAUUUGUGAAUUUAGAGUUUAAUUUUAUGGUGAACACAUGGAAAGUAUUAAAUAACUUACGUGAAAUGAAAUAUUUUUGUCAAAUAUAUUUAUGUGGUUGUAAUUUUGCCCAGAAAUAUUAUGUGGACAAAACAAAACAUAUUUAUGUCUUAAUAUAUUUUAAAUGUGGUUGGAGCAAAUGUUACCACAACAUUAUUAUGACAAACAUUCCUUCCUUAACAUUGUCUGUACAUGUAAAAGAUAUCAAAUAUUGUUAGAUUCUUUGCAACCAUUCAUUAAGAUUGGUGCUUUUAAAGGGACCGUCAACCACGAUAUUUUAAUCAAUAUAAACUAAUAAUUGUAAAAAAAUACGGUAUUUUAGAACUUUUCUUCUUUCGUCAAUGGCGGUUGACGGUCCCUAAUGAAUGUGAAAAAUAUUGAUCACUAAAUAUUUACACUGCUUUUUAAUAUAAUUGUAUUAUUUAAGUGCUCAUUGCAUUAUUUAAGUGCUCAUUUACAUAACAAAUAUUUGUAUGUAUUUUAAAAUAUGUAUUCAUUGGACAGAUUUUUUUAAACAUUUAUUUUAUUUAGAAAAAUGUGUUUUCAGAAGAGCGAAUGUAAAUAUCUGUCUGUUAUUUGAAACUGAUGUGUAUUGUAUAACACAUUAAUUUGUUAACUGCAUUGAUUUUCAUUUACAGAUUGUUUUUUUGACAAAAGGUAGUAAAGAAGAACGGGAAACACGUUUACAGCACUAUAAGUGUUCAAAUGCAUUGCAGUGAAGUGUUAAUGACACGCAUGUUCAGCACAAUAAGUGUUCAAAUGUUUGUUGACUCAGUGAGUAUAUUAAGUAUCAUUACCUUUUGUGUUUGCCAAAACGACGAGAAAUUCAUAUGUCUUCAAACUAUUUUGCUAUUUAAGUGAGUCCAUAAAUGUGAAAGAUUUAUAAUAUAUUUACUACACAAUGUUAUUUGAUGUUUUACUGUUAUGGAACAUCAGGGAAACCAUUUUCUUUCAAUUGCUGAGGAAUUUUUAUUAUAGUUUACAUGCAUAUUGUCUGUCUGUUAUGAACAUGUUUCUCAGAACAAAAUAUUCUUUAUUAUAAAGCGAGUAUAAAUGAUUAAAAUGUGGACAUUUUAUUCUUGCAAGCCUCAACCCUUUCCAACUCAGUAGCAAAGUUAAAAUGGCUUUUGCCACCAGCAUAAAACCAGAACAGCCUACAAGUAACCUGAAGUCUGUUCAGGUUUUAUGCUAUUUGCUGCUCAUCAAUAACUAAGAGUUAGAAAUGAAACCUUUAAUAUUUGAAUUUAGUAAGAAAGGUAUUUAAUUAAAUGUAACUGUCCAAGGGACUACAAAUGCGUCAAAAAACGUAUCUAAGUGGUAAAGGGUAACCAAAAUAUUAAUAUGACUGAGGAAUAUUGAAUAAAUUAAUUUAUAGUGACAUUUAUAAGAAUCAAGUUAACUCAUAUUUGCUGUAGACCUCCAAUCGUAUCUAUGUGUGGUAUGAACAAACUGCACUGGCUAUUAAGGAUUUCCUAUCUGAGUAAAGGUCUUGUGUACAUGAAGGAGUCUAGUUCUUGCUGUAUGAUAGAUCAUAAUUUGCACUUGAAUAAAACGUGCUGAUUUUUCAUGUGUUUUUUUUCUAGUAUUUAAUUUUACUACGUCAAACUUAUAUACAUGUAAAUAAUUAUAUUUAUAAACAUUUUUAUCGGUUUUCAAAUAACUACCGGAUCAUAAUUAUGCUCCCUUUAAAUGAGAAUGUGUGAGCUUUUAAAUGUAGAAGGAUCAAUUGGAACUCGUAAGUCAUGGUUUAAAUGAAAACAAGUCUACCCAUAUUGCAUUUUCUAGUGCAAUCUUUUGCAUCAGAUAAUAUAAGAAAAACAAUUAAAAUAAAACAAAGUCUACCCAUAAUGCAUUCUUUCAUGCUUAUCUUGCCUAAGACAUUCACAGGUACUUCCCUUCAUCAAAAAUGUAAAAAAAGAUGCAUUUAACACUGCAUAUCAUUACGCACAUUUAAUACGUGUGUAUUUGUAAUUUUUCCCGCAAUUUUUAUUUAGAGAAAGAAAUUAUAUAAAAAUCUCUUUUAAACACCCUUCUUGAAACAUCAUAUUUAAUGCACAUCAAAUGAAGCUGUUUUGGCACAAACCUUUGUAUGGAUUUAAUUCCCAUAACCUGAAAAUAAUAUACACUAGACCAUGCAAAAAACAUUCAAUAUUAAUAGCAAAAAGUGUCUUUUUAUCAGGAUUUUGCCAGCAUGAAUCUACUUCAGUUCCUAGCACAUAUUUUUUUAGCUCACCUUAGCACAUCGUGCUCAUGAUGUGCUUUUGUGAUCGCCUUUUGUCCGUCGUCUGUCGUGCGUUGUGCGGCGUCAACAUUUGCCUUGUUAACACUCUAGAGGCCACAUUUAUUGUCCAAUCUUCAUGAAAUUUGGUCAGAAGAUUGGUCUUAGUGAUAUCUUGGAUGAGUUCGAAAAUGGUAAUGUUUGCUUGAAAAACAUGGCUGCCAAGGGGGGGGGGGCAUUUUUCCUAAUAUGGCUGUAUAUGGCUUUAGUAAAAUCUUGUUAACACUCUAGAGGCCACAUUUAUUUUCCGAUCUUCAUGAAACUUGGUAAAUAGAUUUGUCCCAAUAAUAUCUUGUUAUCUCUGGUGAGUGACUUUGGGCCUUUCAGCCCUCUUGUCUUUAAACAAGUACAUUUAACCUUAAAACAUGUACACUUAGGUGCAUUUUAAGUGUUUAAAGUAUAUGUUUUAUUGCAUAAAAAAGUUAGUCACUGCCAAAACAGUUGCAUUUGAUGUGCAUUUAAUACACUUUUUUGAGAAGGGGUGUUUAAAAAAUAGAUUUUUACAUAAUUCCUUGUAAAUUAUGAUGUGCUCAUGGUGCACUUGUCCAGCAUCUGUCCAGACAUGUAUUCUCGUGUCCAAACAUGGUCAACCACUUGUUCCAAUGAUAUAUUCUACUUUAACCGUGUGCAGAUUUCCAAGAAACUGCAGAGUAGCUAGCAUGGGAGACCCUCUUUCCAAGUUGCUUCUGAAAUUAUCUAAAUUAUUUCCAAAAGAGAAAACUUUAACAAUCUUUUACUUAAACUAUACUGCCUUUAGAGCUCUUGUACUGUAAAAUCAAUUAUUGUUUAUGGGACAAUAGUUUUCCCAAACUCUGUGUUGACCGAUUCUAGAAUUUAACACACAUACACCAGAACACGAAUGCAAAUUCAUUUUUUUUCUAAAAUCAGAAAAAAACAAAAUUUAUGUGUCCACAAAAAAGUUUUUAAAAGCUCAUUCAAGGAAUAUACAUGAUUUUAUAGUACUGUGAAACCAUUAUUAUUUGGAGCACAUUAAAUUUAAUGGAUUGUAUUUCUAGAUUUACGAAUAAACGUUUGCAACUAAUAAUUUUGUCCAAUAUUUGAUACAUUUUUAGACUGAAAUACAGUAACUGUUAGGAUUGCAAAGAGGCUAAGCUAAGCUUUGAAUAUGAAAUACUCUGAUUGAAUCUUGGUGGUGCUUACAUUAACCCAUUUAUGCCUAGCGUCUAGAAAAAAAGGCCUUGGCAAACAACGUAGACUCAGAUGAGACACCGCAUGAUGCGGCGUCUCAUCAGGGUCUUUACUGUUUGGUUAAAGGAAUUUCUGUAAGAAAUAUUUAAAGUAUAGAAAUAAAUAUACUAGACAUCCCUUAUUUUGGAAAUAAAUUGAUCCAAUUUAGAAGGAUGGGAGAGUCAACUAGGCAUAAAUGGGUUAAAUUAACCAAGAUGAGACGUGUGAUGCUACUCUUGCAAAAUGCAAAAGAAUCGGUCCCUUAAAGACAUGGUUAAUCCCUUGUGGUACAACAAUGUACAUGUAGUAAUGUCUUAAACACUGAAGACAUGAAUACGUACUUAUUUGUAUUAAAUGCACUAAGACUCCCCUAUAUAUGUUAUUGACUGACGCAUUAUUUACCACAUAUAUGUCUGUUCUAGGAAAACUAGGAUAAAAGGAUGUGCAUAAAAUUGUUUCACUGGAUUAGCCUGUGCAUUUAGCCCAGUUUUCUCAGAAUGUGGCUCAAAGUCCUACUUUGUAUGAUAUUUGAAGUAUCUGAGGUGAGCAUCAUGAGCCCAGAGCUUGUCUUAGGAUGCUGUAAGGGUAUUAUUUGGCACAGGAUAUGUGUUCUUGUUGUAAUUGAUUUAUUUGUUUAGAUCUUAUGUAAUAUAGAUAUCCAUUAUUCAUGACAUGACAUUUGUUAUUUCAAUGGUUUCUUACAGUAUAUGUAAUAAAUGAGAUCAAUUUUGUAGUUCCUGAUCAACAAUAUUUUAGGUGGAAUAUUUACCAAAAAUGAUUAUAUGAUGAAUUUCUGCCUUAAAACUGAUGGAGGUCUUAUAAAACGUAUUCAAAUAAAAGAAGUACCCAGGUAUUAAUCAGAUUGGUUUAUAAAAUUGUAAUUUUUAUGUUCAUACAAACAUACCAAACUUAUUUGUCUACAAAAUUGGUGUUUCAAUUAUUAAUGGAAUUUUUUGUUUUAAAGGAAAUCUGUUGUUAAAGAAAAUUCAGUCUAAGCAGAAAGUGUGUGCUCAGAUUAUUUUGUGCUGACUGCAGAUGAGAACAAUUUUCUCAUGCAGGAAAUGCAGCAAUUCACUACUUGUAACGAAACCUUUAUAUAUUAAGCAUUCAUUUGGUGAUGUUCUGUAAGUGUUAUGUGAUCUUAGGAAAUGUUGCCAAUUGCUGAUUGCUCAUAUGUAUCUAAUGUUGUGUGUUGUGAAUACUCCUUAUUGGUUGUUGAAUAAAAUGUUGUUGUAUAACGAAUUUAUGAAAAAUCUGUAUUUUAUGUCUAUUGUAGUUUGAAGACUUGUGUUUAUUGUUAAGAUAUCAGUCUUGAAAACAUAUUUCCGUGCGCUCGACAUUAAGCCAUUAAAGCUCAACUCGUGUUUA